GUAAAUUCAAGUGUUCACACAGUUGUAAAGCUGAUGUUUUUUUUACUAUGAGGUGACCGAUGUAACUCUCACCAAAAUCCUGAAAAGAACGUCUCACUUUAAACUACAUCUUCGGAGCUUUGAGGGAUCCUGGAAGAUCGUUCUCCACCAUUGCACUCUCAAGAUGGCAACAACUGAUAAUAAACAGUUAUCGUAUGGCUGGCUUAGAUUUCGUCCGUCAUGGCUUCAGUUUCUCAACACUCCAAAAUGGUUUCUGUUUUUCUUGAGUCAGUAUUUUUUUACCCAGAGUAUCAUCGUUAAUGGCGUCUACCCGGGCUCGAUCAGCACAAUUGAGAGGCGGUUUGGCUACUCCAGUUAUAUGAUUGGUAUGAUGACUAGCAGUUACGACAUAGCAGCCAUGAUCAUAACCCCUCUGAUCAGCUACAUCGGGGGCUCAAGGAAGAAGCCGCUGUUCUGUGCCUGGGGUUUGUUUACUAUGGGGGUUGGAUUCUUUAUCUUCAUGUUGCCUCAUUUUGUUUCACCUCCAUACCAAGCCACAGCCAUUAUUACAAAUUCUAACACGAGUAUUACUGACUUAAGCGUCACUGACACCGGACUUUGCUGGGCAAAUCGCACCGAUCAACUUGGAAAAAACCAAUGUAAAGAAGAAACCAAAGGCGGAAACACUCUCUACUAUGCGUUGUUCGUGCUGGGAAUGGUUGUUGCUGGAGCAGGUUGUACUCCAAUGUAUGCGUUGGGAAUCCCAUACAUGGAUGAAAAUGUCAACGAUAAGGUGACGUCAAUGUACGUUGGCAUAUUUGUGGCAAGUGGGAUUCUUGGCGCUGCUGUCGGAUUUGUGUUGAUCUCCAGGUUUCUUGUGAUGUUCGUUGAACCUGGUGUUCAGACCUCGCUGACCAUACAGGAUAAACGUUGGGUGGGGAACUGGUGGAUAGGCUUUGCCAUAUUUGGUGCGAUCUGCGUGUUCUGGAGCAUUUGGUUAUUAGGAUUCCCAAAGGAGUUUCCUCUGACAAAGAAACGACGAGAAUUAGAAGUAUCUGCCACAAACACUGUGAUCAGCACGACCAGCAAAGAAGAUAGAGACAGUAAUCAUGAAUCUAUUCCAAAAGAUGAUAUUGGAUUCUCCAGACUGAAAGAUCUUCCUAAAGCUACAAAACUGGUAUUUUCUAGUCUCCCGUUCCUUUUCGUAACUGUGGGGGCAUGCCUGGAAAGUUUCCUUGUUGCAGUUACAGGAGCGUUUCUACCAAAAGUGAUUCAAACACAGUUUUAUCAACCCCCAGCGAGAGCAGCUCUGCUCUAUGGCUUGGUAGUAGUACCAUCUGCAUUUUGUGGAAACAUGUUGGGAGCUUACAUCAACAAACGUCUGAAACUUAACCUGACUGAUUCCGCCAGAAUGUGUUUUAUUGUCGCUUUGUUGGGACUCGUUAGUUCCAGUGCGCACGUCCUCAAAUGUGACACACCAAGUAUAGCGGGUGUUAAUGCCCCAUAUCCCAACAGUUCCGAUCCUCAUCAGCUCUCAGCGCCAUGUAACCAAGCCUGUAACUGCAGUCAAGUGGGUUAUACUCCAGUUUGCGAUGGACUGCUGAACUAUUUUUCACCGUGUCACGCGGGCUGCCAUAGAAUGAAUACAACAGAAAAGGGUUCUACUUCUUACUCCAACUGCGCUUGCGCUGCAAAAUCUGGCGAAAGUGCUGGACAAAUGAAGAAAGGCAACUGCUAUAUCGAUUGCGGGCUCAAGUUUCUACUGUUUAUGGCUGCCGUAGUUUUAACCCCUUUAUUUACGUUUAUGAGCAAUGCUCCAGCGUUGGUAGUCACCUUGAGGAGUGUACCACCUGGUCAGCAGUCAUACGCGUUAGGACUCCAGAUGGACCUUGUGAGGAUCCUUGGGGCCAUACCGGGGCCAAUAAUAUUUGGGGCCCUCUUGGACAAGACAUGCAUACUCUGGAGCUCCAGGUGCGGUGACCAGGGGUUUUGCCAAGAGUACGACCAUGAUGGGCUGGCACGAGUUCUGGUCGCAGUAAUGACUGUCUGCAAAUUUAUCGCCACCACAAGCUUUUUUCUGUGUUGGUUCUUUUGUCGACAAGAAAAAAGCACGGACAAAAAUAAUACGAAGGAGAAUGACGGAGAAAGUUUUGCUAUGUAAGGACUUUAUUUUGCUUUCGAGCAGCCUCGAAACUCAGGUGGAUCAUGCACCUUAUCUGUACAUGAUCACAUGCAUUUGAAACUAAAAUUACAUUGGUAGCCUUUUUGAGGAGCUGACCAUUAAAGCUUGGAUUUCACAUUUUUUUCUUCUUAUUCAAUCAAGUCAGCUUCUUUCUUCAUUAAAAUGAUCCUAAUAAACCAUA